AUGGGGGCUCCAUGGCUUAGGAGACAGAAAGAGGGAUGUCUGACUCCACAGGUGAUCCAGAGACAAGCAAAGAUAGAAGGCUUGGAGGAACUUUCCGAGAGUUCUAAGGAGCAGAGUGAGGAGGCACUGCUGCUUUCACACCUAGAACAGCAUCAUCAUCCUGUCUGUAUACUGAGAAAGAAAGUGGAUGACACACACGAAUGCUGCAGAGACCUGGAGCAGCUCAACAUGGAGCUGGAGAAACUGAGGGCAGAGGAUGCUGUGAAAAUUAAACCCCAGACCCAGCGUAUUCAUUCUUUGGAGGGGCGCUUUAUGGAUCUGGUCAAAAACCAUGAAAAAAUGAUCCAGUUCAAAAACGAACACAACAAACAGCACGUGCAGCUGUGGGAGGAGAACAAACGCCUGCGGCAGGACAGGGAAGCACUCUUCAGCCAGGCCGUGAGGGAGAAGGAAGCUGAAGUGCUGGGGCUGGUGGCCCAGGCCGGGAAUCUCUCACAGCAGCCGUGCUCCUUGCAGGAGAGAUACGCUUAUGAGAGUCACAGAGCCCAGGAGCGAGAGAAGGAGCUGCUGGAAGCUCAGAGCCAGCAAGCAGAUACCUACGCCCGGGAGGCGGAUUCAUUGAAGAAGCAGCUGCAGCUCCUACAGGAGAGGCACCAACAAGCUGCUGCAAGGGCUGAGCAGGCAGAGAGUCAGCAGAGGGCUCAGGGCAGUGAGCUGCAGGCCAAGCUGGAGAGGGCACAUGAAGAGAAAGAGCAGCUACUGAACCUGGCCAUGGAGAGGAGCAAAGCUCUGCAAAAUAGUAUUCAGAAGCUGGAGGAGAAGCUAGAGACCAUGGAAGAAGCCAUGCAGAGAGCAGGAGGGUGCCUCAAGAAAGAGGCAGCAGCAGUAGACAAAGAUCUGAAGGUUCCAGAGCUCCAAGGACAGCAAGAACGCAGCAAGCAGGCAUACAAUGAACUCUUGCUGCAGUUUGAUGCUUACAGAAAGCACAGUGUGGAUUUGCUAACUAAAGAGAGAGCUCUGAGUGUCAAACUCCAUCACUUUGUUGUGCAACUGCAGUUUUUUCUCCAUUCUCUUCUCAGCAGGUGCCUCUACAGUAACACACCAGUGAAUUUUGUUCCUUUCCAUGGGACCAUCUUCUGGUUUCUUUAUAUCAUCCUCACCAGCUUAAACUCUCCUCCACUGACAGUUCUGUAGCCUUUUUGUCAUUACACUUUUAUGAAAGUAAAUCGCUACACUUUUCAAUCUGAGCAUGGAUCAUUGAACCAGUCAGACCUGUGACAUGAAUGAUUACGGUGGAAAACAUAAAAUAGGAAUUUGAUUUAUUUAGUGCUAACCUCUGCUGAAUCAUAGGUUUUCAUUUUUUUAAUUGUUAAACCACUUUAUUUUUCAAGAUGACCAAAAGCUCAAACUCGUAGCCUUUUGUAUUUGACUCUGCUUUGAAGUUCAACAGAGGCUGGGCAUGUAAGAGGCUCUGAGGCUCUAAGAAAGAAAUCCUACCUUGCAGUAUCUCUGCAAUUCUCCACAUUCAGGAACUUAACAGGUAAUGCAAUAAUAUCACAGAACAAUUGAUUCUCAAGAAAAUUACUGUUUAUAGUUUUUUAGUAGUUUUACAGAUUUCUGCAGUCGUUUAAGCCCCAUUUAAUGCUAGAGUAGUAUUUGUAUCUUCAUUCAGCUCAGAAAAAAUGGUCAAAUCUUUUGGGUGAUUUCAAUUUAUUCUUUGGAACAGGACAAUAUUCUAGAUGUUCCCCCAGGGGUUUUUCCCAGUUUUUAGCUGUUUCCUGGAGAUAAACAUUAGUGAUACACUCUUCCAUUUUGUGCAUGUCUGGCAGCUUUUGACAAAAAGAAAACAU